CCCUUGCCUGAGUGCAUGACCACAGAUGAAGGUUUUGUUGUGUGUGGGGUUUUUUCCACCCAUCACCAGUCUCCAGGAAGGAAGGUGAGAGCACGGUUUGCUUUCGAGAUGUCUGCGACUUGUCAGCAAAGUGAAUGCCGAGUGAUCCCCACCAGGAGAGUUGCCCUGAACGAUGCAACGCAGCUACCUCAUGACUACUGCACUACCCCAGGGGGGACCCUGUUCUCCACCACUCCCGGAGGAACCCGGAUAAUUUACGAUCGGAAGUUUCUGAUGGAGUGUCGCCAUUCCCCAGUUGCCAAGACCCCUCCCCGUUAUCUCCCGCACAUCCCAGGUGUGACCACGCCUGGCACUGCCGAUGAUGCCAAGGUAGAAGCGAACGACUCUGGCCACUGUGCUGAUAACAACAACCGCGAGAGGAAGGCAGCUGCUGGGGAUGAUGCUCAGUUUGAGAUGGAUAUCUAAGUUCUCCGUGUGCUGACUCCACUUCUAGACGCUUUGACCUGGCCUGCGAUUCUGAACACCUGAGGCCUCUGCAGUGAUACACAGGCUCCCCUGAAAUCUGCCAAAAACAAAAGUUAAAACCAAUAAGUUUAACCUGUGGCCAAGUAAUUAAUUCUGCAACAUUCACACUUUGGCCACAUGACGGUGAAUCUUUUUUUUUUUGCAACCAGACAAGUUGGUCCCAAUUUUCUGCUAAAUUCUUGGAAAUGAUGAAGAGGGGUGGGGUGGGGAUGGGAGAGAAAGAGAGACCCUUUUGUUUUGGGAGAAAGGUGAAAGUUUUUUUUGUCAAAGAACAAACGAGAGUUCUUAAGCAAUUUGUACACAAAGCCAUAUCGGAGCAGUUCCCUAACACAGCAAGACCUGAGAGCUGAGAAUAAUAUCUCACUUUUAAAAUUGGAGGUUUGCAAAGGGGUUUGGUACAAAGCCAUAAUGUUGUUCACAGUUUUGGGGAAGAAUGUUGUUCUGAGUUCUACACACCCCUGCGCAAGAGCUCCUUGCUUAAUUAUUUGAAUUAUAAUCCAUUGAACUCCUAAGCUUUGUUUUGUCUUAGGCUAAAUAUUCCCCAGGUUUUUAUUUUAAAGCAAUUCACGAAAGCAUCGCCUCCUUUAAUGUUCUGGCUGCUUUGUCCCAAUGCUCUUUGCAUUCAGGAUGGGACACACACUGCAUGCGCUUUAGUUCUGUAAUGGGUGACUAUGCUGGACUUGGAAAGCUGUGUGUUACUGAGUGUCUCAGCCCCCAAUUAGCAGGAGUGAGGUGUAUGUGCUUGGCAAAGUCCACAGUUACCAACAGAUGACACUGCCAACUGUGAGCUAUUGUCUUUCUACAGCCGCCACCAAUCGGUUGUUACGAUUUGCCAACCUUUGUUUACUGUUGGAUGAAAAUGAAUGGACCUAUCUUGUUAUUUAUUUACUGAGCUUGGUAGUUGCUUGAAUUGUGGGAUUGGUUUCUAUGUACUGCCAGGCUAAGGCCAGGUCCCAGGAGCAAGUGGAGAUUUGCAGUAUUUCUUCUUUACUUCCUUCAUCCGCCCCCUUCCCCCCACCCCCCAAACACCAAAAAUAAAAGGAUUUUUGUGUAACGUUUUUCCACACUUGAGCGUUUUGGGUUGGUGAGGUUUAGUGUUUAUGAAUUUGACAAGUUAGGAUUAUUCACAGCCAGCGAUCCAAAGCUUGGUCCUGGAGAGCAGCUUCUAAAGGUCAGGAGACUAACUUUGGAAGGUGCAAUUCCACCUUGGCAUUGCCUGCACUGGGCUGCUAGGCUUCAGUGAUUUUUGCUUUUAAGCACGUUUUUUUGAUUUUAAAAUAAAGGCAGCAGGAAAAGUGCAACAGACCAUUAGUGAUGGCAAGCAGCAGAUGGGUUAGCUCUUAAAAUGGAUUUACUCUGGUUUAGAACUUUGAUCUUGGAUCAGAGCACAGAAACAUUGAAUGUUCCUGUGUAUCAGCUGUCCAUCUAAGUUUACCAUGUAUGCAGUUCCUUAUUCCUUUUUUUCCAAAGUGGCACAUUCUUUCUUAAAGUAUUUGAAUGAUUUGUGGGAGAAAGUUCCACUUUCGUUUCUUAUCUGGUGAGCUUUCAGCCUUCCUCUCUCUCUGUUUAUCCCUCACUGCCAGUGUUUCUAUCAGUUUCUGUGUGCUUUGUCAGCUCCAGCAUGUAGUUUUUCUCUCUUUUUUUAAACAAAAAUCCCAGAGACUGCAGACGCUGGAAAUCAGAAACAAAAUCAGAAAUUUCUGGAGAAACUCCAGCAGGUCUGGCAGCAUCUGUGGAGAGAAGGUAGAGUUAACGUUUCAGGUCCAGUGACCCUUCCUCAGAAUGGUUCUGAAGAAGGGGAGCUGGACCUGAAAUGUCUCUUUUUCCAAGAGUUUCUGAUUUUGUUUGUCAUUUUUCUCUGAAUGGUGGGGGUGGGGGGGAGGUUUUUUAGCAAAGUCUCAUUGCUAGAACUUAAUAAAAAUUUAUAAAAUCACCUGCUCGGGUAGUUUGAGAUGGGAUCAACUCAACUGGCCAACAAAACAAUCAAGUUGUGUGGUAAAUUGUUUUAUUUUUUAGCACGUAUAAUUUUGGUCAAUCAGUUGUGUUUUUCUCCUUUAACCAGUGGAAGGGAUCCUGGAACCAUGACUUUUCUGAUUGUCCUGGCAUAGAAAUGGAGUUUGCUGCCACUUUUAUACAGCAGCCUUUUCUCUGUUGAGGCUUUCAACCAUCAUUCUGGGCCAUGUUCAAACAGUGUUUACACCAUAACCUUAGUAGGUAUUAACCGAUGGUGAUGUGUGCACACACCUCCAAACCAUCCAACUCUUGCUUGGUGAUUUUUUUUUUUUAAAAACCAGUUGGGGUUUACUUCCCCCUCCUGUCAUUUUCUCUGAGUUCAGGGCAUCAUGCCAGUGUUAGUGCCCCUACUGCCUCCUUGGCUGGGUUUGGCGAAUGUGACAUUGUGCCGGGGGUCUUUGCACAGUGUCACAUGAGACAGAGCGGAGCUUUCUCCUGUGUACUAACCCUGUUGCCCUUCCUCCUAAAUGAUAGCGAUCAUCAUGUGGGGUGGGUAUUGAAGCUGGUCUGCCCUGUGUGUAGAUCUGCCCCAAUACCACCAGGGUCAUCACUGCCAUGGGUCAGUCUGCACUCACUGGUGCUCCCCUUAUAAAGUCCAGAAGGUGUCUGGGAGAGAAUUUUCUAUUCUGAACCCAAUCCUCUGCCUCUCCUAGCAUUCGCUGUUUACUGCCUGUAAGUAAAAACUCAUCCUACUCUCAUCCUAUUGCUUCAGUGUACAUCGGGACUACUCUGAGAAGCUAAUGCCAGCCAGUACUGAACGUCCACUAUGCACUGCAACGUUGCUCUUGUGUUUAUAUCAUUUAUCAGCUGAUUAAACUGGUUCCUUUCCUUUCUGCCGUACAGCCCCAUUAAGGCAGUUAUUGUGUUGCAGGCCUUCAGUGCCCCCUCCCCGUCUCCCCACUUCGCCUCCCAUUCCUCAAUAGUGAACAUUGGUCUUAAAGCUGGAGUAGGCCAUUCAGCCCCACGGGUGUGCUGCACCAUUCACUUGGAUCACAGCUGAUCAUCAUUGGGGUAACGACCCCGCAUUCCUGUGUGCCUCUUCUUCCCCCUCCCAGUAGCUCCCUGAGUCCCUUGACCAUCAAAAAUCCCUCUAACUCAGUCUUGAAUAAAUUUAAUAACUCAGUUCCCCCCAUCACAGCUCUCUGUUGAAAAGAAUGCCCCAGACUGAUGAUGCUCUGAGAGAAGAAAUGUUUUCUCCUCUAUGUCUCAGAAAGGGUGAUGUCUUAUUUUUGAACUCUAUCCCAUAGUUCUGGUCUCCGUCAGAAGAGGAAGCAUCCUUUCUCCACCCACCCUGUCCGCCAUCGCUGAAGAUCUCUUUCACUGAGAUAGUCUCAUUCUUCUGAACACCAGUGGGUAAAGGGUCCAACACUUCUCCACAAGAUAAACCCCAAUGUCUCAGUUUUUCAAGUCCCGGCCAGACAGGGAAGGCUCCCGAUGUAAUUGGUCCUGGUGUUAGCUGUCCUCAGCUGGCGUUCUGACUGUUGGACCUUGGUAGGUAGCAUCAGUAUUCUUGAACUUGUGACAGUGGGUUGUACCACAACUUCCUCGUUCCUCAUCACUGAUCCUGAGAAUGUGAAGGAUGAGCGGGAUGGGAUGCUGGUUUACCGUGAUCCCCUCAUGGGCAAGCCAAUGAUCAGCGUCUUGGGUUUAGAUACUGAAGGUCUUGAGGAAACGUUGCCUGUGCUGCCAUUCUUCGGACACCAAGGGCAGAACUGUAGCAGUUCCACCUUUUGUACCAAUGCUAGGUCCCAGUGAAUAGCAGUCUGCGCACUCCAGUAGCCCAUAGUCAUAUGAUGGCAGGAAUAGCUCAGGCAAGUGGGGAGGGCCAACAAGAUUUAUCUGGUACGAUGGGGGGGGGGAGGAAUGUGUCCAGGAAGUCCACCUGUUCCCUGCCACACUGUUCUAGUCAGUUCUAGUCUCUAAUUAUGUGAAAUCUGAGGCACUGGUAAAGCAGAAACUUGGGCUUACUCUAUGUAGACUUUGACCUGCUCCAGGAAAUGAGCAUACUUGGCAAACUCCUGUUCAGAGUGACGUUCCUGGAGAUCGCAUCACAUGACCUCCCCUUCCAUUCCCAACAGAACGGACCAGGUUGAAAAACAAAGCUUUUUCCCAUAAUGAAUGGAAGUGCUUGGAAAUUUCAAAAGAAAGUAAUGUUUUCAUUCCCCUGGGAUAUUCACAACACUGCCCUUACUUUGAAUUCCUUAGUCAAUUGGUGGCACCUCCAUUCUCCUGACACCCCCUCAUUUUGCCCCCCACUCUUCAUUAAAUCACAUCUGUUGGCAGGCUAUGUACGGUUGGGUGUUGCUGUAUGUUGGUACUACAUGGAUUUAUCACCGAUGGCAAAAAAAAACUUUCUUUGUAUGGAAUAAUGUUUCCAAAAAACAAUAAACUUUAUCCUUUUAUAUUGUGUUCAGA